AUGGGUGGAGAGAUGUCUCGCAAUAACGUUUGGAAUGAUAAAAUUUCACAGAAGGUUACUGCUGCAUCAGGCUCUUCCCAUCCUAGUGAUACCGAACAAUUUGGAGAGAACACUACUGCUAUUAGUGGCCAUAAUAAUAAUACUAAUAGUAGUAAUAGUAGAAGUACCAGUACAAUUGGUAUUAAUAAAGAGGAGUAUCCUGUAAGCACAGACAGUGGCGAUAGAAGCGCCGUAGAAGAUACUCCGAAUAUACCCUGCCAGACAUGCCGUCACAUAAUAACGUACAAUUGUAAUGAAGAAGAUAACACUGCUGUUGCUGAUGGUGAUAGUGAUGAUAAUUUUGGAGAAAUGUGUUAUCAUCAUGAACAAUCUGGACGGGCACCGCGGGGUUUCUUAAGUUUGUCUAAGAAAAAGGUAAAAAAGUCAAAGAAGGAAGAAGGGAAAGAGUGGUCAUCCCCUUAUAUGCAACCAGAUCAGGAAGAUAUGAGGCAGGAUAUGGUAACAUCACAACCUGAAGAAGAAGAAGAAGAAGGAAAAGAAGAAGAAGAGGAAUUCUUAACAAAUAGAAAGAAUCCUUUUCAGCCCAAGGCAAAUAGGAAUAUGAAGGAGGAGGAAGAUACGACUCAUAUGGGGAUUACCGAUAGUUAUGUUCCUAGUAAUACCGUUCAAAUGGGUUCUAAGAGCCGAAAAAAGGUUAGUAAUAAUAAUAAUAAUAAUAAUAAUAAUAAUAAUAAUAAUAAUGGUGUCUAUAUCGUUCCAAAUAAGAAAGAUCAACAAAAGAGGCAGAUGGUAGGGAAGAAGAGUGGAUAUCCUUCUUCUACUGUGAUGGUGAAUCCCUCAUCAAGAGGUGAAAAGAACAACCAAUAUGCAGGCGAUAUCAAUCCCUUAACAACACGGAAUACUUCACAGAAGGUAGAGGAUGAUGGUCAUGAUAAUGGGGUGGUGUGGUUGGAAAUGGAAGAAGAAUAUCAUGUAGAAUUACCACCACAACCAACACUCCAACAACAACAACAACAACAACAACAACAGAGAAAAACAAAUCCGGAAAUGAAUGAAUAUGAAAAGUAUCAUAUCUUACCACAGUACGUCCUUCCAUUAUAUCCAUCUGCACAAAGUGCUCGAACGGUCUCACCACCUGCCACUCCAGCUGGACGUCUUAGUUCCCUUUUUGGAUCUUCUUCAUCCAUCACAUCAAGAGGACUUAUUCAACCAAAUUCUAUUCGUGCGUUAGCAGAUCGUGCACGAGUUGUAUUGAGUGAAUCUGGAGAUUCCACCUCUCGUAGUUCUUCCACGUGGACUUCUGGUAAUAGCCGUAAUGGUAGUCGAGGUGGGAGUAGUAAUUCUCGUAGUUUUCGACAUAGUGAUAGUGGUUUAGUAGGAAGCUACAGAGAAGAGAUGAUGGCGGUAUUGAAAAAUACAUUACAAGAGAAAAAACAGAAUGAAGCCACACCUAUAAAAAUUAAUGGUUGUGAGAAAUCACCAAUCCCUGUUUCUUCUGUAAAGAAACAAGAAUGGACGAAAAGGAAAUCUCAGGAUACGAAUGUAAAAAAAGAGAGUAGUGGUGGUGAAAGUGGUGUAUCUACACCAUAUUCAGGUUGUUAUCCAGGAUUAGGACCUCGCUUGAGAAGUACAAUGGAGUGGGAUUUCCUCGGUGAAGUUGUUUUUUCUGGAAAGCAGGAACCCAAUAGUAAUUCUAGUGGGAAAAAACGAAAAGUAAAGAAACAUACAGAGGAUUAUUAUUGGGGAAUGCCUUCAACAGAUGAUUCCUCUAAUAAAUCCUACUCUCCAACCUUUUUGAUGGACUUGGAAAGUGGAUAUGAUAGUGGUGGUGAUGAUGGAGGAGGAGGAGGAGGAGGAGGAGAGAAAACUGGAAAAGUACCACCCGUUAGUAAUGGGAAUGAGAAGGGAGUUGUUAAAACUCGUUCUUCUGAUGUUUAUGGCCCUUCUGUAAGUAAUGAUAAGCGUAAAGAUAGUGAAAGAGAUGGAAAGAGUGGCCAUAAUAGUAAUAGUGUACGAGUUAAAAGUGAUAAUACACCUCUUAAACCAAAAGUUAUUCCAUCUCUCUCUAACGGCAGGCUUAAUAAUAAUAAUAUGAAUGGUAAUAAGAAGGAGAAUAAUAAUAAUAAUAAUAAUAAUAAUAAUAAUAAUGAUAAUAGUAAUAAGGCUGAUCCUAAUAUUGGUAAUGAUAAUACUACUCCACGUAGGGAAUCGGCACCGACGAAUCCAUUUGGUUUUGGUCGUGACCCUAUGUUUGAUAGUAAUUAUUAUUUAGAAUAUUGGAUGAACGAAGCCUCUGCAGAGAAACAAGAAAGAGAAAAAGAAGAAAAGGAAAUGGGAGUGGUUGGCAACAAGCGUAAAUCCUCCAUUGGUAUAUAUGAUGAUAACUUAUCGCACAUGAAAGGCAAUCAUAGUAUAAAAGAUAAAACCUCUACAUUUAGUAUGAAUGGAAUCAGUAGUAAUAGUAAUAGUAAUAGUAAACAUCGUAAUGAUCGACCUUCAUUUCGUACAUUUAGUUUACCUACGAAUGUAUUAGAUGAUACUAGAAAAAUAUUAUUUCCUUCUUCUUCUUCUUCUUCUUCUGCCCCCUUUUCUCGUACUCGUACUCGUUCUCCUCCACACCGGCAAGAGUUUCGUCCUUUAAUGUGUGAAAAUGAUCAAAUAAAGGAAUUUAUUGAAAGGCAGCGAGUGGCACAAAUUGAGAAGGGGGAUGAGGAGGAGGAGGAAGAUGAUGAGGAUUAUGAAAAAGAGAAAAGGAAAGAGAAAAAGAAAGAGGAUCAUCAUUUUUGA